CGGCGCGCGGGCGGGGCGGGGCGCGCGGGGACAAAGGGAAGCGGAGCCGGAGCCGCGGGCGCCUCUCUCGCCCCCACCCCCGUCGGCCCGCGGUGUCUCAGAUUCAUUCUUAAGGAACUGAGAACUUAAUCUUCCAAAAUGUCAAAAAGACCAUCUUAUGCCCCACCUCCCACCCCAGCUCCUGCAACACAAAUGCCCAGCACACCAGGGUUUGUGGGAUACAAUCCAUACAGUCAUCUCGCCUACAACAACUACAGGCUGGGAGGGAACCCGGGCACCAACAGCCGGGUCACGGCAUCUUCUGGUAUUACGAUCCCAAAACCCCCAAAGCCACCAGAUAAGCCGCUGAUGCCCUACAUGAGGUACAGCAGAAAGGUCUGGGACCAAGUAAAGGCUUCCAAUCCUGAUCUAAAAUUGUGGGAGAUUGGCAAGAUUAUUGGUGGCAUGUGGCGAGAUCUCACUGAUGAAGAAAAACAAGAAUAUUUAAACGAAUACGAAGCAGAAAAGAUAGAAUACAAUGAAUCCAUGAAGGCCUAUCACAAUUCCCCCGCGUACCUUGCUUACAUCAAUGCAAAAAGUCGUGCAGAAGCUGCGUUAGAGGAAGAAAGCCGACAGCGACAGUCUCGCAUGGAGAAAGGAGAACCUUACAUGAGCAUCCAGCCUGCUGAGGAUCCGGAUGACUAUGACGAUGGUUUCUCAAUGAAGCAUACAGCCACCGCCCGUUUCCAGAGGAACCACCGCCUCAUCAGUGAGAUCCUCAGUGAGAGUGUGGUGCCAGAUGUUCGGUCUGUUGUCACAACAGCUAGAAUGCAGGUUCUUAAGCGACAAGUCCAGUCCUUAAUGGUUCAUCAGCGGAAACUUGAAGCCGAACUGCUUCAAAUAGAGGAACGACACCAGGAAAAGAAGAGGAAAUUUCUGGAGAGCACGGAUUCCUUUAACAACGAACUUAAAAGGUUAUGCGGUCUGAAGGUAGAAGUAGAUAUGGAGAAAAUUGCAGCUGAAAUUGCACAGGCAGAGGAGCAGGCCCGCAAAAGGCAGGAAGAGAGGGAGAAGGAGGCGGCAGAGCAAGCUGAGCGCAGCCAAGGCAGCGUCGCCCCUGAGGAAGAGCAAGCGGCAAAUAAAGCCGAGGAGAAGAAGGACGAGGAGAGCGUUCCCAUGGAGACAGAGGAGGCUCACCUUGAAGAAGCAACAGAGAGCCAGCAGCAUGGUGAGGAAGGCGCGUGCACCCCUGAGGACAAGGAGAGCGGGCAGGAGGGCGCUGACAGCACGGCCGAAGAGGGGACCAGUGACAGCAGCACGGGCUCCGAGAGCAACGGCGCGGCCGCGGAGGAGCCGCCCGCAGAGCCCGUGCCCGGGGACGAGAAGAAGGCGUGAAGGUUGCCUGGUUUCAUGCGUCCUAGACACUUUUUUAAUGAAAAAUGUUGUUUUUGGUUUUAAUGGUGUUCUGUGGUCUGUGUACUAGUUUUUUCUUGUCCAUAGCACACCACCAAAGGCUUUUGAUUAUGAACAUCACGGGCCUCACGGCAGUCUCUCGCCUUCCUUAGCUUUGGGAAGGCAGCUCUUUCCUUUGGUUCUUGUUAGCGCUCAGCUUCUGAAAGCCUCCGAAUCUAGGUGAAUUGGGAAAACUCCACCUCUUUAGAGACUUUCCUUUGAUGCUGCAGAAUCUACCUUACACAUGCCUUCCACAGUUCACUUGGGUGCUCACCAAAGCCGCCCAGCCCCAUCCUGAGCCCCUCUCAUGCACUUGUGCGGAGAACCUUCUGUGAAACACUCAUGUGUGAGUAUGUGUUCGUCCACUGACCCUUUUUAUUCCUACUCAGUCAAGUACCAAGGGUUGCAUCAGGGUGGAUCAGAGCCUGCAACUAGCUGCACAUAGACCAUACUGCUUUGGAAAUGGUCUCCACAGCUGAGUGGUGCUGGUGUGAGAUCGUUGUUAGAGUGAGCCAGCACAUGCACAUUAGCUCUGCUGCUUUCCAUUCUCGUAGUGGGCAUAUUCUGGAAAACCCAUCCUUAGUGGACAGAGGAACAAAGCAUACUUUUGUACCAGGUUUUCCAAAGACAGCCUAGAUCACAGAACUUGUGGAGCAGGCAAUCCCUGCAGUGGACUGUGUAACUUGCACAUGACUAGCCCAGUUCAGUUCACCCACUUGAAAUUGUUUUACAGUGAUCAGAACAUUUAAAACCUCAAGGCUCAGGAUCUCACAGGCCAGAGCCUACCUUUUUUGAUAAAUCCCUUGGUAAAGUCUUAGAGUCUAGAAAUAAAAUAGUUUGUGACAUGUAUGCUGCCUAAAACUAGAAUAGAUUUUUACUGAAUAGUGGUAUAUCUGAUGGUAUAUGUUUCUUAAAGGUCCAUAUGUAAUAAAGAAAUGAAAAACAAA